GCGCAGCACAGACACAGCACUAGGGCAAAAUGGACGAUAAGUUAAUAUUAGCUGUAUUUAAUUAUCCAGAGCUGUACAAUGUCACUUUGCCGAAUUACCGCUGCACGGAAAGUCGUGCAAAUGCCUGGAGAAGCAUCAGUAUCGUACUGGGUCUCCCAUCUGAGGAGUGUAAAAGAAAAUGGAAGAACAUGAGAGACCGGUACUUGAAGGAAGUCCGAAUGGAGAUCAAAAGCAAGAAGCAAGGAGAGAUUGUGCAAAGUAGAUGGAAAUACAGACAACUUAUGAAUUUUAUUGCACCCUUCACUGGAUCAAGAAGCGGAGUGGCAGACAUCUGCGGCAACAACGGCGAUGACCACGACAAUCCUGACAACGAAUCUGGGAGUGCGGAGGGAGAAACCACAUCGUUGGAGGCAGUCAAGACCCCGCAGCCCAUCGUGAAGGUCCCGGUGAGUCAACCUGAACUCAAACCCCAGGUAGCGUUUGUGACUCAGCUCCCUUCAGUGUCUCAAGACGCACAGAUGGCCCAGCUGGCUGUUCUGGCUAAGAUGCCACCAGGCCCACAGAUGACCCCAGUCAGCAAAACUGGACGGAAACGGCGCCUGAUGCAAGAGUCACACUCACUGCCUUCUUCUCAAAGUACACCAUCCCCUACAAAAUGGCUGGUCAAAGACAAUGGCACCUCAUUUCCCAAUAGGCCACGGGAUGAGGACGAACUAUUUCUGCUGAGCUUUGUCCCCGCUCUGAAGCGGCUUGCCCCGCAGAAAAGGUGCGAGACAAAAAUAAAGAUCCAGCAGAUUAUGUAUGAAGCGGAGUUCAACGUUGCACAGGCAGAAUCUAAAGAGAAACAGCCAGAGCCAGAAACGCAGGACUAGGCCAAACUGACUUUUUUUGUACUUGUUUUCUAAAAAUCUCUUCCACAAAAUGACUAAAAUAUCUAUUUUUCUUUGUUUUUUUACAGCACAAAGUGGUUUGAGUUUGACGUCCCUUUUUCAUGUAAAAUAAUUAACAAUGAAGAAUAACUAAACUUCCUCAGUAUUGA